UUUUUGUUUAGGUAUUUGCUGAACCACCUGAAUCAUUAUUAAUCACUUUGGAUAAAAAAGCUACUGAAAGUGUGAAAUAUAAAGGCAAAAAAGAAAAACGUGUACAACGUGCGACAUUUCGUGAAAUAUAUAAUUCAUUUACAGUACAUAAAUAUAUAAUUGAUCUAGAAAUUGAAAAUAAAUUCUUAAUUUUAUUUAGGAAGGAACAUCACCAGAAUUAAAGAUUAAAUUUGCUAAAGAAGUUUUGGAAAUAACAUCAUGGACAGGAAGACUUUAUUAUAAUGGUUUUAGUAGUUUAUUAGGUACUGGCAUGAAUGUGCAUUUAAAAGAGAAUGGAUUUCUUCGUUCGGUUUUUAAUUUGGAUGAUUUAGAAGCUGAAGAUGGUCAAAAAGCAAAAGGCAAUCGAUUUGAACGACAACAAGCAAAUAAAGCAGCAUUCAAAUCACGUACACAAGCAUUGAAAAAAAUUCGUGCUAAUAAAGCUACACGUACUCAACAAGAAGAAUAA